AUGCGCAUCAAAAGCCAUAUCCUGGUACGACCUUCUCGCAUAAAAAGCAGGGUUACGAGUUGGAGUUUGAAUGCGAAUAGGACCCCAAUGAUUCCCAUAUGCCCAGUAGUGUCCUUCACCUAUGUGCCCAGCCGGCUAGGUGAAGAUGCCAAAAUGGCCACCGGCAACUAUUUUGGAUUUACCCACGGUGCCGCGGCGCAGUACAGUCAGCAGCAGGCUGCUGGGGUAGCAUACACCCACCCCACUACAGUGGCCAGCUAUACUGUGCACCAAGCACCAGUGGCGGCACACACGGUGGCGGCAGGCUAUGCCCCUACUGCUGCCACGGUUGCCAUCGCCAGGCCAGCACCAGUCUCUGUAGCAGCUGCAGCCAAUGCUGCUGCUUACGGGGGAUACCAACCGGCCCAUGCCGCCACGGAUUACGGAUAUGCCCAGAGACAACCGGAGGUACCCCCACCGCCACCUCCUGUCACUUCACAAAACUACCAGGACACGUAUUCAUAUGUCCGGUCCACAGCUCCGGCUGUAGCAUAUGACAGCAAACAAUACUACCAGCAGUCUGCAGGUACACCGGCUGUGGCCGCUGCUGCAGCAGCCCAGCCGCAACCCACUGUCGCUGAAUCCUACUAUCAGACUGCACCGAAAACUGGAUACAGUCAAGGCGCCACUCCAUACGUCCAGACCCAGCAAACCCAGCGUCAGGUUACAGCUAUAAAGCCAGCCACUCCCAGUCCAGCCACCUCAACCUUCUCCAUUUACCCAGUGUCCUCUGCUGUACAGCCCUCCGCAGCUGCUGCCUCUGUAGUCCCGUCUUACUCUCAGAGUCCAACAUACAGCACUAAUGCAGUUACAUACUCUGGAACAUCAUACUCUGGAUAUGAAGCUGCUGUGUAUUCGGCCGCGUCCUCCUACUACCACCAACAGCAGCAGCAACAGCAGCAGAAACAAGCGGCGGCUGCUGCAGCAGCCACUGCCGCAUGGACCGGCAGCACUUUUACCAAGAAAACCCCCUUCCAGAAUAAAACUCUCAAACCUAAACAGCCCCCUAAACCACCUCAGAUACACUACUGUGAUGUCUGCAAGAUCAGCUGUGCCGGACCCCAGACCUAUAAGGAGCACUUGGAGGGCCAGAAGCACAAGAAGAAGGAAGCUGCUCUAAAGGUAUCCCAGAGCAGUAGCAGUAGCAGCAGCAGCUCUGGAGGAGGAAACUGCGCCCGUGGCACCCAGAAUCAGCUACGCUGUGAGCUCUGCGACGUGUCUUGUACCGGAGCCGAUGCCUACGCUGCACACAUCAGAGGAGCCAAACACCAGAAGGUUGUGAAAUUGCACACCAAACUAGGAAAGCCGAUCCCAUCCUCUGAGCCCAGUGUUGUCAGCCAAGGCUCUAGCUCCAGCACCGCAGCUCCCAGUAAGACUGCCAGCUCCCUCAUCAACAGCUCCACAAGCAGCACAACAUCUAACUUAUCCACUUCCUCUUCAAUUUCCAAUGCGUCUUACCUAAAAUCCGUUGGCAUGGUAACUUCAGCUUCGCAGAGCAAGAACCCAAUGUCCAGCAACGUCAUGGUCAACUCUGUCAAGAAGGUCAACACCCCCAAGAUCAACUUUGUUGGUGGAAACAAGUUACAGACCACGGCUGCGAAAAGUGACGAAUUGAAGGUUGAUGCAACUAAACCAGCACAGUCCAUUGUGCCUGCACCAACACUGGACAUGAAGAAUGACACUGAAUGUCUGUCACCUCAGUCAGCACUUGCGGCCCUGCAGAGCGACGUUCAGCCUGUUGGACACGACUAUGUUGAAGAGGUAAGGAAUGAUGAAGGAAAGGUUAUUCGGUUCCACUGCAAACUUUGCGAAUGCAGUUUCAACGAUCCAAAUGCAAAAGAAAUGCAUUUGAAGGGAAGGAGACAUCGACUACAAUAUAAGAAAAAGGUGAACCCAGAUCUCCAGGUGGAAGUCAAACCCAGCAUCCGAGCCAGGAAGAUCCAAGAGGAAAAGAUGAGGAAGCAAAUGCAGAAGGAAGAAUACUGGAGAAGACGUGAAGAAGAGGAGCGCUGGAGGAUGGAGAUGAGGCACUAUGAGGAAGAUAUGUACUGGCGGCGAGUGGAGGAGGAGCAGCACCAUUGGGAGGACAGGCGCAGAAUGCCUGACGGAGGUUAUCCACAGGGUCCACCGGGACCUCCGGGUCUUCUGGGUAUGAGGCCUGGGAUGCCUAUUCUUCAGCCACAAGGACCAAUGCCUCCACGCCGCCCUGAUUCCUCAGACGAUCGUUAUGUGAUGACCAAACAUGCAGCUAUUUACCCCUCGGAGGAUGAGCUUCAGGCCAUCCAGAAGAUCGUGUCAAUCACUGAGCGAGCACUUAAGCUAGUCUCUGACAUAAUCACAGACCAAGAUGCAGGUGCAAAGGACAAAGAGGAAGACCAAGACAAAGAGAAGAAAGAGCCUCCCAAAGACCGGUUGCUGAAAGGUGUGAUGCGAGUAGGCGUUCUUGCCAAGGGCUUGCUUCUGCGAGGAGACCAAAAUGUCAACUUGGUCCUCCUUUGUUCGGAGAAGCCUACUACAAAUCUGCUAUCCCGCAUUGUGGAACAUCUUCCCAAACAGCUCACGACGGUAACACCAGAGAAAUAUGAGGUAAAAGGUUCUAUCCAAGAGGCUGCCAUUAUCCUCACCUCCUGUGCUGAGCCCAAGAUGCAAGUCACCAUCACCCUCACCUCACCCGUCAUCCGAGAGGAGAAUGCCCGGGAUGGAGAUGUAACCUCGAGUAUGGUGAAAGACCCAGCGGACGUCUUGGACAGGCAAAAAUGCCUUGACGCUCUGGCUGCCCUACGCCACGCUAAGUGGUUCCAGGCUAGAGCUAAUGGACUCCAGUCGUGUGUGAUUGUCAUUCGAAUACUGCGUGACCUUAGUCAGCGGGUAUCCACUUGGUCUGCCUUUCCAAGCUGGUCUAUGGAGCUGCUGGUGGAGAAGGCCAUUAGCAGUGCUGCUGGACCGAUGAGCCCUGGAGAUGCUCUUCGACGAGUCUUUGAAUGUAUUUCUUCAGGCAUCCUUCAGUCUGGUGCUCCAGGUUUGAUAGACCCCUGUGAGAAGAAUCCAACAGACACACUGGCUGUGCUGAAUGAUCAGCAGAGAGAGGAUAUCACGUUAAGCGCUCAGUUUGCUUUGAGACUGCUGGCAUUCCGUCAGAUUCACAAAGUUCUAGGCAUGGACCCCUUGCCUCAGAUGAACCCGCGCUUCAACGUACGAAAUAACCGCAAGAGACGCCGCGACAACAGUGACAGUACCGAUGGAUUCGAAGCUGAAGGGAAGAAAGACAAAAAAGAUUUCGAGGGGUUCUAAAGCGCACAGCAGUAUGAUCAGUCCUCUCUCUGCACCCAUUUCAAAUCCUGUGCUUUCCAGGAAUACAAGUUGUUUAUUCUGUUGACCUCUGUGCAUGCCAGUUGCUACUCCCUUGAAAUGUUUUUGGAUGGUAAAGCUCCUAAUGAUGGCUGCUUAGAAUAUGAUCGUUUUCAUUUACACACUUAACACAGUCAAAUCAUAUAGUCCACCCUGUUGUUCAAAACGGUCUAUUGUCUCUGCUUAAUUAGCCCAAAAAGAUUUUAAGGUUGGUGAUAAACCAGAGAUGUUAGAUUUGACGUUCAUGCUCUAUUCAGCAUGUUUGAUGUAAUAAUCUCUAGGAGUGGAAUUUUAGAUUAACGUAAACUAGGCAUUUGUAAAAGCAAGUCAACAGAGUGGACAAAGUACUGUUAGUGUGACACAGAUUCAAAGUCUAUCUUAUAUUUUCAGUGCAAAUAUUGUUACUUUAACAACAGCUUCUUUAGCUUUGCAAUAAAUCAUUUAGGUGUUUUCGUUAUUAUUUCGUCUAAAGUCAUUCCUUUUACAACGAGAAAUGUGAUGAUUGUGAGGAUGUUGACUGCACGUGGAUCCUAGCGCAUUUUGAAGGCUGGGUUGGCUGAUUACCAUUUCUUAAUCACAUCAGUGGCUAAUUAGUAACCGUGUUCCUUCUAUAUGCUUAAUGCAAGUGAAGUAAAGCUGAAACUGUCCUAAUGUAAAUUGUAUGUGUGCUCUAUUCACAGGCCUCUGUGGUGUACCUGUCACAUUUCUGAGAAGCCACCGAUUGUUAAAAUCAGACCUGGGCCAAAUAUAUAUCUACUCAUUUACUGACAUUAGCGCGAAGAUAUCAUUUUAAUAUAGAAAUUGUAAACACUGAAGUACUCUUGAUUUCAAAGCCUUUUUUUCCAUUUGGACCCAGGUCUGCUCGUAUUCAUAAUGGUGUUAUCCCUGUACUUCUAGUGUAUCUCUAAAUGUACAUAUGAUCAUAACUGUAUGAUCUCUAAUAUAUGAUCAUUAAUCGGCCUCUAUCUUAUCUCGCAAUAGAUCUUCUAAAAGAAAUGCCUGUAUGGUUUUAAAGCACAGGAAUGCUUUUUUUUAUGUUUUCGGUUUUUAUUAAUUUUGUUUUAAUGGUUUUGAAUAAUUUCUUGCCCCUUAUUUUGGUUUGUGAUGCAUCUGUUGAAGAAGGCUGGAGAGAAAGACGUCUUUGUGUUGUAACUGCAGAUUGAUGUACACUUACCCAUUGAUGCUUGUCAUUCACUGUCAAGGGACUACUGCAUUACAACGCUUAACUAAUAAAUACACUUCUUGGAACAUU